CGACGACAGAUGUCAAGGGAUGUGAAAGUGUUGUUCACUAAUAGUUUUGGCGCUAAUUGUCUGAACAGACAAACAAACAGUCAGUCAAUACAAUACCAGACAUCAGACAAGUAUAACAAAGAUAUAGAAGACAUCCCAAAGAAGACAUCAUCAAUGAAGAUAUGGCCGCCGAUGAACAACAAGAAGAUACGAUGUUAUCGCUGGUCAAGAGUCGCUAUCUGUGUCGCGAUCGUCAAAUUGAUCUCUUAGACGAAUAUCUUCGUCGACUGUGUCCACUGAUUAUCAUUUACGGCGUCCGAUCCACUGGCAAGACAUCAGUAACGAAGACACUGAUGGAAUCGUCCGGCGAUUCACUAUACGCUUACCUAAACUGUAUGGAACUCUUCAGCACCAAAAUGGUCUACGAAAGUAUACUGAAUCAGCUGAACAAUCGGAUCCACUGUUUCGACGACGACGACUACAACAAUGGCGACAAACAGCACAUCCAAUGCAACUCAUUGACCGAUUUUAUUGAACAAAUCAAACAACUUCUUGAAUAUCAUUACUCGUGUCCGCAGCCGACGACAGUCGAGUCAGUGAAACCAAGAGGUAGACCGAAAUCAUCGUCACUGUCAUCGUCUUCUUCUUCUUCAUCGUCGUCGUCGACGACGACAACGACAUACACCCAAUGUAUACUAGUGUUUGAUUCUGUCGACAACAAUCAUCAUCUGUUCGGAACUGUUAACAACAACGAACUGAUGACCGGUUUUAUGAAGAUUUGCGAACUAACCGAAAACAAGUAUCCGAUUACUUGUCUGUUUGUCGGCUGUCAGCCAAUCGAAUGGUUUUGCCGGAUAACAGCAUCGCCGGUAACGGCCAUACAAAUCAAUUUCGAUAACUAUUCGAUGGACGAGAUGACCGCUAUUUUGGUCAGAGAUUGUCCCCGAAAUUAUGAUAAAAGUUUUUAUCAGAAUUACGUCAAUAUAAUAGUGAAGACAUUGAUCCAAAUGAGUUCAAAUCUUAGGGAAAUUCGGUCGAUAUGUUUGGCCAACUUUUCCAAAUACAUCGAACCGAUAACAAUGGACGAACUGCAAGCUAACGAAACGGCCAAACUGUACAAACGUUUUCAGCCGCAGUUGUUGAAAAUACUCGACGAUCUGCCGAUGAAAGUGGUCAACAAAAGUGCCGACGGUACGUACGAUGAAUGGCCCGAUUCGAUGAAAUAUUUGUUGAUUGCCAGCUAUUUGGCGUCCAAUAAUUCGGUAAAAGCGGACAAAAAAGUUUUCGUCAAAUACGAAGGCAAACAACAACGUCGUAAACGAAAGACUGUGACCACAGUCGGCGGUGGCGGUGACGAUCAUCGCGACUAUAGCGGUCCAAAAGGAUCGCCGUUUGAACGUAUUUUCCAUUGCUAUCGGGCACUAAUCCAAUUGAAUGCCGAACCCAAUGACCAGUAUAUAACUGAGGCGUCCAACAAAUUGCUGAGCGAACUGCAAGAGUUGGUAUCCUUGAAGCUGGUGUUGAGGACACACGAAAAACUGAAAACCAAUUGGCUAUCGAGUCAAACAAAAUAUCAGAUAUCGAAUUCGGUUACAUUCGACUUUGCCGACAAACUGGCCAAACAAUUGAAUCUUAAUAUCAAAGCGUUUAUCGAAUAAUUAC